CGGCAUUCCAUUACCCAAAUGACCGGCUUGUGAUUGGUUGGCAGAACAUCGGGAUAGCUCGGCCUCGGGUUCAUAUAUCCUUUCUCUCAACGUCGACCUCUCGAGCAUGUUCCGCAAGGCUCUUCCGAGAGUCAUAUCCCGCUCUCGACGCUCUCUUCAUUCUUCUUUGCCUGCUCAGAAGGUCGUUUCUACAAAUCCUGUCAAAGCUCAAGAAGUCCCGUCAUGGACAUCUGGAAAAUAUCCUUUAAUUGAGCAUGAAUAUGAUGCUAUUGUUGUUGGUGCGGGAGGAGCUGGGUUGCGAGCAGCGUUCGGUUUAGCAGAAGCUGGCUUCAAUACCGCCUGUAUCACCAAGUUGUUUCCUACUAGGAGUCACACUGUUGCUGCGCAGGGAGGGAUCAAUGCAGCCCUUGGAAAUAUGACUGAAGAUGAUUGGAGAUGGCAUAUGUACGACACGGUCAAAGGAUCUGACUGGCUGGGUGACCAGGAUGCCAUUCAUUAUAUGUGUCGUGAGGCACCACAGACAGUGAUCGAAUUGGAACAUUUCGGUGUUCCUUUCUCUCGUACCAAGGAAGGGAAGAUCUAUCAGCGCGCAUUUGGUGGCCAGUCGUUGAAGUAUGGUAAAGGCGGACAGGCAUAUCGAUGCGCCGCUGCUGCUGAUCGUACCGGACAUGCUCUUCUUCACACCUUAUAUGGCCAAUCUCUGCGACAUAACACCAACUUUUUCAUCGAAUACUUUGCUUUGGAUCUUAUCAUGCAGGAUGGAGAAUGUGUUGGAGUUAUUGCUCUCAACAUGGAAGACGGUACCCUCCACAGGUUCCGUGCCCACAAGACUGUUUUAGCAACUGGUGGUUAUGGACGAGCAUACUUCAGUUGUACCAGUGCUCAUACUUGCUCCGGGGAUGGCAAUGCUAUGGUCGCUCGUGCCGGACUUCCCUUACAGGAUCUUGAAUUCGUUCAGUUCCAUCCUACAGGUAUUUAUGGUGCCGGAUGUCUCAUCACUGAAGGUUCCCGGGGUGAAGGAGGAUAUCUCCUCAAUAAUGAAGGAGAACGAUUCAUGGAACGUUAUGCACCAACCGCUAAGGAUCUUGCUUCUCGUGACGUUGUAUCCCGUAGUAUGACUAUUGAAAUCCGAGAAGGUCGUGGUGUCGGACCCGAGAAGGAUCACAUCUAUCUUCAACUCAGUCACCUUCCUCCUGAAGUGCUUCACGAACGUCUACCUGGUAUCUCCGAAACUGCGGCCAUCUUCUCCGGUGUUGAUGUCACCAAAGAGCCUAUCCCUGUUCUACCUACGGUCCAUUACAACAUGGGUGGAAUUCCUACCAAGUUCACCGGUGAAGUCAUCACUGUCAAUGAAAAGGGUCAAGAUCAGGUCGUACCCGGUCUUUACGCUGCUGGAGAGGCUGCAUGUGUUUCUGUACAUGGUGCUAAUCGUCUUGGAGCAAACUCUCUCUUGGACAUUGUCGUUUUCGGUCGAGCAUGCGCGCAUCAUAUUAAGGAGACCUUAACUCCAGGUAAACCGCACAAGGUUAUCCCUGAUGAAGCUGGCAUGGAGAGUAUUGAAUUUUUGGACAAGAUUAGGACUUCCACUGGCCCAGAGCCCACAGCCAAAAUCCGUUUGGACAUGCAAAAGGCUAUGCAGUCUGAUGCUGCCGUUUUCAGGACACAGGAAUCUCUGGAUGAAGGCGUUCAGAAAGUACGAGACAUUUACAACAACUUUGCCAAUGUUGGUAUCAAGGACCGAAGCAUGAUCUGGAACUCUGAUCUCGUUGAGACGUUGGAACUACGCAAUAUCCUGCAAUGUGCCAUACAGACCAUCACAUCCGCUGCUGCUCGUAAAGAAUCACGAGGAGCACACGCUCGUGAAGAUUAUGCUGAGCGUGACGAUGAGAAAUGGAUGAAGCAUACUUUGUCUUUCCAAAAAGACGUCAACUCUCCCGAUGUUGAGCUCUCAUACCGCGGUGUUAUUGACACCACCCUGGACGAAAAUGAGUGCAAGGCUGUUCCUCCAUUUAAGCGUGUCUACUAGAUAGAAAUGCAUCACAGUUCCUUUAGGUUCUCUGUACCACCUUACGCACAUCACAAAAUUAUAUCUUUGCAUUGAGUCGAUAAGAUGAAUUAUUUCA